CAUCCAGAAUAUUCCUACCGUUUAUCAUCCUUGUGUUGGAGCUCCCCUCGAAUCGAAAGACAGCACUAUCUAGCUAGUAGCUAAUUUAAUACGAUUCCGCUUCAUAUCCAUCUAUUUGAUUACACCAUUGCUUAUUACUAGCUGUAACAAAUUCUUCCCUCUUCCCCUCCGUUGCUUCUUCUCUCCCUCUCCCCCCGUCGCUUCGCUCUUCUCUCUCCCAUUUUCAGAAACCAAAAGUUCUCCCCCCCUCCGAAUCUCUCCUCCCCAUCUGAUUCCAGGGCAAACUUGACCCCCAGUCUUGGACAUGCGUCACGUAUAUAAAACAUUGGAGUCUGCGACAGUUUUCGCUUGCAGCCGCUCCUCAGCAGCUCGCCACCCACCCAGCGGCCAGCGGUGCAAUCACCAUACACGAUUAGGUUAGAGAGCAAUGUUCAGAAGCGUGCCUUUGCUUUCUAAACUGCACCCUCGAAUUGGCAAGCAGUAUCAUCUCAAGAAUUCCGUUAGAUGGUUUCAUGUACAGAGCUCCUCUGAUCUAGUCAAUUGUGAAAUUGCAUCAUAUUCUGAACCCAUAUAUAACAAUUGCCGAGAAUUAAUCAGUGGUUGUCUAAGUGGAUUCUUGCCAAAGACAUAUUCUACAUCUUGUUCUACCUUGUCGCAUGAUACUCUGAAAGAUAAUCCUGUUUCUGAUAUGUUAGUUGAUUCAUUUGGGAGGCUGCACACUUAUUUGAGGAUCUCCUUGACAGAACGUUGCAAUCUGCGAUGUCAGUACUGUAUGCCAGCAGAGGGUGUGGAGCUCACUCCUGGCCCUCGGCUACUCUCAAAGAAUGAGAUUGUUCGACUGGCAAAUCUGUUUGUAAGUUCUGGAGUGGACAAAAUUCGUUUGACAGGGGGGGAGCCAACCAUUAGGAAGGAUAUUGAAGAAAUUUGUCUGCAUCUAUCUAACUUGAAGGGACUGAAAACGUUGGCCAUGACUACAAAUGGAAUUACUCUCUCGAAAAAACUUUUAAAACUGAAAGAAUGUGGACUUUCUGCCUUAAAUAUCAGUCUAGACACAUUAGUCCCAUCAAAGUUUGAAUUCAUGACUCGGCGCAAAGGGCAUGAAAGGGUUAUGGAAUCAAUUAAUACUGCUAUAAUCCUUGGAUACAAUCCUGUGAAGGUCAAUUGUGUUGUAAUGCGUGGAUUCAAUGAUGAUGAGAUUUUGGAUUUCAUAGAGUUAACACGUGAAAGGCCAAUUAAUAUUAGAUUCAUUGAGUUCAUGCCUUUUGAUGGGAAUGUUUGGAAUGUCAAGAAACUUGUACCCUACUCUGAAAUGCUGGAUAGAGUGGUAAAAGAGUACCCAGACUUAAAGAGACUUCAGGACAACCCAACAGAUACAGCAAAGAAUUUCAGAAUAGAGGGGCAUUGUGGUACGGUUUCUUUUAUAACCUCAAUGACUGAGCAUUUUUGUGCUGGAUGCAAUAGAUUACGACUUUUGGCUGAUGGGAACUUCAAAGUUUGCUUAUUUGGUCCUUCAGAGGUUGGCUUAAGAGAUCCUCUUCGCCGUGGUGCUGAUGAUCAUGAGCUCAAGGAAAUAAUUGGGGCAGCGGUGAAGAAAAAGAAAGCUUCACAUGCUGGAAUGUAUGACAUUGCAAGAACAGCAAAUAGGCCUAUGAUACAUAUUGGUGGCUAAAUUUUGGACUCUGCAUCCAAGCAAAUUCAGUCAGUCAUUUGCUGAUGGAAGAACUCGACAUCUUACGUGUUACUUUUGAAGGCCCUGGUCCCUUUCUUAGCAUUACCAUUCCUCUCUUCUGUAAUUUAUCUUCAUGUUUGUUUUUUAUUGUAAGAAGGAACACUGCACUAACUCUGUCCUCAGUUAUUUUAAAUUAUGCAUACAAUAUACGCUAUUAUCAUGUUCAUAAUUAAUACUCGUCAAGAAAAUAUCUUAUUCACUUUGAUGUACCUUUCUCAAAUAUGAAAUAAGGCCUUGUUUGGGUAA